AUGGAGAAUACUAUCUCGUCUCGAGGCCUUGCAUUGGAGGCACGGAAGCCGGUUUUCUUCGAUGUUCUUAAUAAUCUUUGGGAUCCGGAGUCAAAUCCGGGUGGGAUUGUGAAUAUCGGACUAGCUGAGAAUGCAUUGAUGCAAGCUGAGAUGAAGUCAUUUAUUAACGCGCAGCCUGGGGCUGAAGCUCAUGCCUUAACCUAUGGUGAUGGCUUCACGGGCUCCAAGAAGCUCAAAGCGGCCAUGUGCUAUCUUCUUAAUUGUCAUUUUCAGCCAUAUGUGCCUCUACACCCGUCACAUAUGUGCAUUACAGCCGGAGUGAGUAGUGCGAUUGAGAACUGCGCCUGGGCAUUAUGUGAUCCGGGCGACUAUGUGCUUGUGGGAUGA